AUGAUCUUCAGCGGUUUUCUAUAUUUUCAGGCGUACGGUGGCCAAAUUCCGAACUGUUCCGACGCCACCAAUACCGUCUACGAUGCGUACACUCGGACGUGUGUCACUGCACAAGUUAUACAAUUUGAGGAUCAGGAAAACGAGGUGAAAAUGCAAAUAAUCUACGGAAUUAUUCUGCCACUUCUCGCCGUCGCCGUUGUUGUUUCGAAUAGCAUCGUCAUUUUGGUUUUAAGCCAGCAGAAAUCGAAACGCGCAAGCGUGGAACCCCUCCUCUGGAUGGCCAUCUGCUCUCUUCUAAUGGCAAUUUCACCACUCCCAUUCACUAUUUAUUAUUAUAAUUUGAGUCAUCAUGAGGACUUCAAUCAGACUCUGUUUUUGUGCUAUUUGCAGAAGAUUUGCAUGGAAAUUCUUCCAUUUUUCUUCAACACACUCGUCACUUUAUUCACAAUUUUGUUAGGAGUUCAAAGAUUCAUAGCCGUCCAAUACCCGCUCCAAUCGAUCCGAUGGUGCACACACAAAAUGGUUCGUCGAUAUUCGAAGAUAAUUUUAAUUCUGGCAAUAUGUCUGACUGGUGUACACUCUAUAUAUGACAUACGGUUACUGUAUCAUUUCUGUCUGAAGUAUGGAGAUGAGUCGUUUUGGGUGGCACGAUGCUUCAUUGGUUAUUCGUCAUUGACGUCUGCAAUGGGUGCUGACGCGUUUUCAGCGGUAUUCGACUAUUUCCGAAUCGGUCUGGUUGUCGUGUCGAGUGGAUUGUUAUUUGUGGUCACUAUCCUCCUCAUUCAAACAAUACGAACGCAUGAUAAUCCGAAGCAAGGAGUCCAUCGUCACAAGAAUCGAAAAACAUCCACCAACACAACUAUCAUGUUAACAGUGAUUAUUGUCAUCUAUAUGUUGGCAAGAGCCCCCUCGACGCUGCUCAUCCUACUGGUCAAAAUAAUGGACUACAUGCCGGUGCCCCAACUCGCAUUCCAAAUAGUCAAUAACGUGUAUUUACGAGUAUUUGCAAAUAUUACAGUAAUCUCAUUGCAUCCGAUAUCAUUUGCUGUCUAUAUGUUCAUGUCGAGAAAGUUUAGAGUCUCGUUGAGAAGGUUGUUGGGUUGGCGAUUCCUUGCGUCUGACGAGGAGUUUAAUGCAUUUACUUCUUCCACGAGAAUCCAUACAGCACAUCCAAAAAUGUCAUUAGUGGAGAAGGAGAGCUUAUGUGGAGUUCGUGUCACUCGUAGUCCUGGUGGAGGAGGACAACAGAAACGUGGAAUGUCUGUUGACUUCAAAUCAUCUUUCGACGUGGAACCUCAACGACGUCGUCGGGCAACAACUGCCGACGCGAAUCACGCCAAUUUCAGAAGUUUCGCCGAAAACUCUGAGAAAAAAUCGACGGGAAUUGUGAAUAUUUGCGAGGAUUAG